AUGAUGUUUGGUUUCGGUGAUGAUAUAAAUCCUUAUACGGAAUCCGUUGAUAUAUUAGAAGAUCUUGUUUUGCAGUAUAUCACAGAUAUGACAUUAAAAGCAAUCGAAAUAAGUAAACAAGGACGUAUUCAGGUUGAUGAUAUAUUAUAUUUAUUAAGACGUGAUACUCGAAAAUACACAAGAGUUAGAGAAUUAUUAAUGAUGAAUGAAGAAUUGAAAAAAGCUCGAAAAGCAUUUGAUACAGCCAAGGGUUUUGAAUAA